AUGAAUUUGUUAUUCCUCUUAAAUUGUUUGUUUGCAGAAGAACUACCCUCUGCAGCUGUAGGAAUUGACUUGGGUACUACAUUCUGUUGUGUUAGUAUCUUUAAGGAAGGUGAUAAAGAAACAUCUUUUUUACAAUUUCCUAAUGGAGAGUACACGUAUCCUUCAGUAGCUUAUUACAAUCAGAUUGGUGACAAAGGGGUUUAUCUUACAGGAUGGGAAGCUUACACACAUAAUUUGGCUAAUGCUGUGCCUGGAAGGUACUUUUAUGGAUAUAAAAGAGUUAUGGGAUUAGCAGAUAUUUCAGAGCUUUCUAAACAUGAGAAGUUCGAAAAUAGUGUUACUUACAAAAUUAGAAAAGUUUUAGAAAAUGGAAAGAACAAAAUUGAGUUUGUGAUAGCAGAUAAAAAUAAUAAGGAGUUGAGCAUUACUGAUGCUGAGAAAUUAUCUUCCGAAGUACUUAAAGAUAUCAGAACCGAAAUUGAAAAGUACUACAAGAUAAAAUCUUUAGUAAUUACAGUGCCGGCAUAUUUUACAUCUUUUCAAAUUGAUGCUACAAAAUCUGCCGCAAUUAUGGCAUCUUUGCCAAAUCCUAAUAUUUACAAAGAGCCAUUAGCUGCUGCUUAUGCAUAUCAAGUUAAAAAGAAUUUAAGUAAGGAUUCUAAUGAAGAUAAAAUAUUAGUAUUUGAUCUUGGAGGUGGUACUUUUGAUGUAUCGGUAGUUGAUAUGCAAGGUGAGGCUAUUAUUGUAGAAAAGCAUGCUGGUAAUAAUUAUCUUGGAGGAGAGAAUGUUAAUGACAAUUUAACUAGAUAUUUUGGUCAGAAACUUAAAGCGGAAAAAAAAAUUGAUGUUACUAAAAAUAAAACAUUGGAAUUGAGACUUAGAAGAUUUGUAGAAGAAUUUAAAAUUAAGUUGUGUAAUCAAUAUACGAAGGAAAACAAGAAGGAGUAUUCUGAGAAAUUUAAUUAUCAAAACAUGGAUACUAUUGAUUUUUCUCUUACCAUUGAUAAGUUUAACAGUCUUAAUAGUAAGUUCUAUGGGGAUAUCGAAGAGAUCUUUACGCACAAAGAAUACGGUAUGUUUAGAGAAAAUGAUAACGGAUCUGAUACACCAUUGGAAAAAAGUCAAAUCACUAAGAUAUUGUUAGUUGGAGGAUCUACUAGAAUUCCUUACAUUAAGAAUUUACUUACUAAGUUAUUUCCUAAAGCCAAGCUUUAUGAUGAUAUCAAUGCGGAUACUAUCGUUGCUGAAGGUGCUUGUCUUUUAGCUGCCAACGAUGUUAAUAUGUUACCUGAUAAUAUGGCAGUAAGUGUUAUUGAUGUUGUACCUGUGAAUGUUGGAGUUAAAGUUGAUAGUGAUUUCAUGCAACCUGUUCUUCUUAAAGAUACUUAUAUCCCCGGUUCAGGUACUAUGGAGUUUACAACUUCUCAAGAUAAUCAAACAAAAGUAAGAAUUUCGAUAGCACAAGGUUUUAGAAGUAGAUUUAGCGAUAAUCAUUAUCUAGGAUCUUGUGAAUUAGAUGUUCAGCCAGGGCAACCAAGGGGAGUACCUAGAGUAAGUAUCACUAUUGCCAUGUCCACUGAUGGUACUAUAGAAGUAUCAGCCAAAGAUGUAGUCACUAACAAAGAGACAGGAAUAACAUUUGAAAGUUCUGUAGCAAGACUCGAUAAAAAGAAAUAUGCUGAGCUGUUAGAAGAUGCAGAAAGAAAUAAAGAAGCUGACAGGGAACUUAAAGAGAAGUUUGAUUUACAGAGACAACUUGAAGAAGAAAUAAGAGUAGUGCAAAGUAGAAUGUCGCAACCAGGGAUUUCUGAGGAUGAUAAAAUUAAUGUGGAAGGAAUUAUUAAUGGUACACAGAAAUGGCUUGAUGAUAAUAAAGUAUCUGCUUCUAAAUUGGAUAUUGAAGAGAAAUUAAAUCGAUUUAGGGAAUCAAUUAAAGAUAUUUUGGACAAGAAAGCUGAACAAGUUGAAGAAAAACCUGUAGAAGAGAAGGCUACUGCAAGAGAAGAAUUAUGA